UGACGACUCUGUAGGACUCCCGAACCUCAGUGCAAAGCUAAUAAUAAUCCUCGAAAUCAGCGGUGUGUCGCACACAUCCACUCUCUUUCCGUUUCUCCUCUUCUUACACGCCCAGGAGGAUGAACAAACCCGUUAGAGGACUUGAUUAUGGCACUUAAUAUUACUUUUUUGAAACUCUUUUCAUUGUUUUCGGUGGCUCGGCUAAUGUGAUGGUAACGUGGCUCAUCAACGCCGGGGGAUUUUCAGGAACUUUUCACCUCGGGUGCUCCGGAUCUAAGCUUUUAUCAUUUAGAUAUAUCAUUAAAUUGCACAUAGAUGUCAACCAUAUGUGCAACAUUUCUAAUAACAAAUAUAUAUUUUAAUAGUUCUAGGCUUUGUGUCCGAUAAGGGACGAUUUAUCCGGUUAAAAUCUCGCAGAUUGAUUCAAUGACGCUACGUUUACUGUGAUCUAGCUAACGCUAAACAUGCUAUUUGAUCUGAAAGUAGGUUUGCAGAUGCUAUAAUGUUACACAUAUCUCAUUUAAUAUAUCGUAGUUUGCAUUAAAAUAGAUGUAUCUGUCGUGCUGCUUGAAGUGAGAUUUACGAUCCGCAAUCCACCGCUCGCAUGUUUUCACCCACCCUCGGUGCGAACUUUCAUUUUUGCUGUUUGUGGAGGUGUUUUAACAGCCGAUAAUUGUAGGAAGGAAAGUGUCGUUGUUGUGUUAGGAUGCGGAAGGGUGAGGAGCAGAGCUGAGGGUAAACAUGUUAAGGGUUUAAAGCAUGUUAAUGGCUCGGUGAUCAUGUCGUCAAUGGAGGGUGUUUUCUCCUGGGUGGGAGACUGGCAGUGGCUCUUCAUGGUCACUCUCUUUCUGGCCUCGGUUGUCACUUUGGUUGUAUACUUGGUGCUGUAUUUUUCCAACGAAGCUCAUGAUGGGAAAACGCAUCUCAAUCAUGUGGAUUCAGAGGAAGCUGAUGGGAUUUUAUGUUGGGUGCUUUCCUUGAAAAACUGGAGGAGUCAGUGGAGAAGAGCCUGGUUUAGGAGCCUCAACGAGGAAGCUUGUAGAUCACAGAGUGGGAUUCAGCUGACCUUUGAAGAUGAUGGUGUCCAGUCAUCAGAACUGGCUGUGGACCAGAUUUCAAGCUUCACAAAAACACGGGGUCAAAAGAAUGUUCUGUGUCAAGUGGUUGGAAACAAGCUGCAGUUUUCCCUCAGCGCUUUCCCGAGCUCGACGACUUCACAAACCCCCUUGAGAUACAGUGUCAAAAUUUCUCCACUUCAUCUGCAGCUGGCCCUACAGAUGAAAGAGGUGAACGGGGAGGUGGAGAUUUCCUGGCGGGUGCUUCACCUGGACUCUGUAGAUCUGCAGCUGAUGCCAAGCUUUGCACAGGGAGAUUGUCAGAGUCUAAGUGAUGCUGCUGUGACCGACAGGCUCAGACAGGUCUUGAACGGAGCUCAAGCAUCUGUAAGUUUGAGCAGCCGGCCCGCAGAAUCUGCGGAAGUCAAGGAAGUAAGGAACAAGACCUUACAGGCGACCUCCCCGCCAAAGCCCCCACGAGCUCAUGAAUGGAAACUGUUAGUGAAGAAUAUCCGGGUCACAUUCACACAGGAGGAUGGUGCUGCAGGCGGCAUGAAUCCUCAAUGUAUCCUCCAGCUGGAUGAUCCGCCUCAGAAAAUCAACAGUUCAGUGUUGAGUAACAAAAGCAACCCGACGUGGGACCAGCCCUUCAUAUUUGAGCUUAGCGGCCGGUCAAAGGAGCUGAACAUCCAGGUCGUGGAUAACGGCAAACCCGUGGAAAGUGGUUUGUUAGGGCAAGUUUCUGUGCCUUUUGAUCUGGUGAGGAAACACCCUAAAGGUCAACAGACCUUUUCACUCAAGACCAAAGAUCAAGUUACUGGAUCAAUAACUACUGAGUUCACCUAUCUGGAGCCCAAUGAGGUGCGUACCUGGCAGACACCCACCCCGGCCCCUACUAAAAGAGUGGAAAUGGACCGCACUGUGAUGCCCUGUGGCACUGUCGUCACCACUGUUACUGCCGUGAGGAGCAAACCAGGACGACCUUUACCACCCGAAUCCAAAUCGCCCUCUAAAAAUAAGCUGGCAGAGAGAAGGGUGUCGGAGCAGCCGUCAAUACUCGGUGCCAAAGUUAGUAAAGCUCUUUCAUCGUCAGAUACGGAGUUAUUGAUUCUGAACGGGACAGAUCCUGUAGCCGAGGCUGCUAUCAGACAGCUGCACGAGUCUGCAAAACAGAAGCUCAAAUCUCCCGUCAAAAAGAGCACCAUUAUCAUCUCAGGAGUGUCCAAGGCCCCUCUGUCCCAGGAUGAAGAGAUGUCACUAAUGGCAGGGUAUGCAGCGGCCAUGGACGCUUCAAUGUCCGGAGCAACCGAGGGCACCAACAGCGACCCCUUACCCCCCGAAAAAGUAGAAGAAAACAGCAUUAUCGAAGCCACAGAGUCCCUGGUGGGUGCAAAUGGCACAGACCAUGUGGAGGACUGGGAGAGCCAGACUGGAGAAGACCCGGAUGCAGAUAAAACAUCUCUGUCCCUCUGUAUCUCUGAAACGGGCUCUAAAAAAGGAAAAGGCAGCUUCCUUCACAAGAGUGCCAAGCUAUUCUUCAGACGGAGGCAUCAGCGAAAGGAGCCGGGCAUGAGCCAGUCCCACAAUGACCUCCAGUACCUGGAGCAUCCCGAGGCGGCUGUGAUGGGUGACAGGGAAAAGAGGACCGCCACCUUCAGGCGCAUCAUCAACCGCAAACUUCUCCCCAAGAGCAAGAGCAAAACCAACGGCAUGCUGAAAGAACCGCCAACGUGAACUUCACAUUACACAAGCCCGUCAUCCAGACUAAUAGCUUUCGAGCCUCUUCAUAUUUCUAACACGCUCCUACAUUUUAUGCAAGUCAUCAGUACGUAUUCGUCUUUUUGGGGUGUCCUUUGCCAAAACCUCCUCUGCGUAGCAACAAUCACCGUCUUCCUCUCUCAUCCACAUUUCCAGAAACCCUUUAGUCAACCUGUGCAUCUGUCCAUCCCUACGAUGGGAUGUCAUUGGCUAAACAGUCAUACGUUUUGAACUUAAUAUGUGUGAUUAUAUGCAAGAAAGUUUACAGAACAGCCUCCUAAUAAGCACUGGCUCUCGUUCGUCGCUCUAAAAGGACUCUUAUGCAAACAGCGAUCGUCAUGUACAAGAUAUAUUUUGUGUUUGUGGCCUUCUAACCAAAGCAGGAUUCGAUCGUUCCAUCUACCUAAGCUUUAACCCUCUGGAAAACCCCUCUGGUGGAUCAGACAAGGGAAUUCCAUCGGUUUGAUUUGCACUUCUUUUAUAUGCUCCGAACUCAUUUUGCAGUGGUGGCGCAGUGCAUUUUGCGGGAUUUUGGAUGCGAACGUGCUCUGUUAUAACAUGUGAAAGACCUCUCUGCCUUGAUGUGAAUUGAAUAUGUGAGUUUUCAUACUGUGUGAGAGACAAAUCUGGGAGAAUAGUGACUUUUAUUUGCCGAAAUUUAUUUUAAGAACAUUCUCUAACAUACAGUGGGGAAAAUAAGUAUCAAACAUGUCACAUUUUUCCUGAAAAUAAUAUUUCUAAAGGAUCUGUUGAUGUGGAAUUGAAGCAGAUUUUGGUAAAAACCUAAACAAUGUCCACCCUGGUUUCAUCUUCAUGAUCCUGCUAAUGUAGAUGUUGGACUGAAGCCGCUGAUAUUGAUUUACAAGGAUGAUGGGCAGUGGGUUGCUGAAGAACUACUGAGGGCGUACUCACACUAUGUGUAGUUGCCUUGAACAGGGCCAAAGCACGCUUGUCCCCCCUUCCAUCUCCACCGGCGGCUCGCAUUCACAUUACAUUUGGGCCUGGGCACGCUUACAUCAUCGAUGAUGCGCUGUUCAGUAAGCGCUUCCCAUCAGCACAGUGGAGAUUUCUUAAGUUAUGUCAGUUUGGUCGAUUGAUAUGCAGUGACACGGUGAAAUAUGUCGCCGAACAGAUCAGCCACUGUUGACGCUCAUAAACAAUCAUAAAGUCCUCGUGCUGCAGGAAUUAGGAGGUAUGCUGAAGGUGCAGCGGUCGUGCAGUGAGGAGUUUGCGUCUUUAAUAAACUAUGACAGUUUGCGUUCAUUAAACAGUAAGAAUGAUUAAUAAAUCCACAUCAGACAGUCCCUCAAAAGUCACGUCUUGCUUUCAGUUUCGGGAUCAAGCACAUUUUGCACUCGCACACAAGCGUACCACGCCAAAACCCAAGUGAACCGUGCUCCGGCACACCUCUUCCAACCGGGACAGGGCCGGCCAAGUGAACCAUGCCUGAGCUCGUUUCAGAGCACUCGCACUUCUCAAAUGAUCCGGGAAACGGGCAUAGUGUGAGUAGGCCCUGAGAGAUUUCAGCUGCUGUCUGGGCGUUCACUGCCUUUCCACACCUUCCUUUCCUCAUGUGUUCAAUGUGUUUUUCUCCGAGUCAUUUCAUGUUUUUACACAUAACUUAAUUUGUAAACAAAUUAGUUUGUUUCAUUUGCAAAUAUCUUAUUUGGUUGUUACAAAUCAUAGAUAUCGCCUACAAUAUCGAUGUCGCCUUCGCUGUUGUUGUCUAUUGGAAGGAAUGCGUCAAUACAGCUGCCAUUUUAGUACAGGGUAGAGCUCAUUUGAAAUUAAUGUGGGACCAUGUGGGAAGGUGUAGUGAAGGACUGACCACCCAGAACCAGAGAUUUUGACAAAUAUCUAUGAUCAAGAUUUUUGCCAGUGGUCAAAAAUAAUAAGUCAUCGAUCAUCAAUAUCCCUGCGUCUCAAUUUGCUCAUCAUUUCUGAUCUAAAUGCUGUAUAACAUUUGUAAUAUUCAAUACUUUAGGGUUGACAGUUUGCACAUUGAGGUGCAGGCACUGUUAUCUUAUCAGGCAUCCUUAUAAGUUGCUUCAAAAACUAGAGCUUCUUCACUUUACCAACAAUAAUGCAAAUUUAUGACACCGCAACAUCUUGUUGUCAUAUUUCAUUUACAUUAUUUGCUGAUUUAAUUUAACAAAACUAGCAUAAGCCUGGUAUUUAGUGCAAGUUGGUGCUACUUUGCCUUAUGGUGAAUCCAUUAACUGUAUUAUCAUCAGUAAUGUUACUUGUUUAGCACAAAAGUUCGUAACAUACAAAAACAAAAUUGUUAAAAAACAAAAUAUUCUGCCUUUAUGCUUUGUUUUCAUUGUUUGCUCGUUGCUACACCCGUACACAGCACAGAAGUCCAACAUCUUCAGAUUGGCUUUAGUCUUGACUAAGUGCGGUUGAAUGACAUUUGUCCUGGAAGCACUGUACAAAUAUGGCCGUGGUAUUGACACAUACUCCGUAUGUGAUAUCUUCAACAGCACCUUUAGAAACAUGUUUUCUGAGCAAAAUGACAUGUUUAAUACUUAUUUUCCCUGCUGUAUAACGUUAAUAUAAAUGUUUAAGAAUGUUCUAGUCUGGCACUGAUAUGUUUGCUUUAAAAAAGGUGUGGUUCAGCGUUUACCCUUUAAUUACAUAAUACACACAAAAAAAAGAUGGGGAAAACAUUGAUUAUAUAUAUUUUUUAUUUAAUAUUUAGAUUUUAAGCAUACAUCAUUAUCUAACUAUAUAAAGAGAAUGUGUUUUUCUCUCUUAGUUUUCCCACGGUGCCACACGUUUAAAAAAAAAAAAAAGUGAGUUGCACCUAAGCUUUUAACACUAAGCAAGGGCAUUCCCCCUCCCCCUAAUUGAGAAAUGUUAGAAUACAUGCGUGUUUGGUAUUGUUUGUUUAGGAGUUAUUAUUUUAAGCGUGCUGUUUUUCUUUCCCAUAUACUCUUAAGCCACAUGAAAUGUUGGCAGUGAAUGCCAACCCGUUUGUGUUUUGGACCUCAACUGUUUGAGCCUGUGUGAAGAACUGCAGUGGAUUUGCGCUUUGGGAGAUUCAAUAACAGGCUCCGCUUGACAUUUACUUGAACUCGAGCUGCAUAUGUAGAAGAAACCUGAAUGCCUGUCCAUUCUGAAUGUUGCCAGAAAGAAACCUCAGCAGUCUGGCUUGUCAAAUUUGUAUUUGGGGAGGACUACUGUUUUGUUUUUAGUGUAGGUUGUGUUGUACAUCUUGCCUGUUAACACAUCAUCAAGUUGUAUUUCCAGUGAAAUGAAAGGAGGCACGUGAAGAUUUUGUAUUUUAUUUUUGUCCUGCUUAAGUGGCCGUCCCAGCCAUUUAAAUGAAAUCACACACAUCAGUCCUCAUAUCAUCAUUGUAACCAUAUGCAUUGCAGAACUCCUUGUUAACCUGAUUCAUCUGUGCUUUCUAUUGGAUGUAUUGAACGCCCUUAGGAAUUGCCGUUGUUGCGAAUGAUUAUUGUAUCCAUGAAAGCUCACCGUAACAUAUAUACCUGCAAUAUUAAGAUCACACAUAUCCAGUAAGAACUAAGAGCUGUUCAGUUUUUGUAGUCUUAAAAAGCGAUGGGGAUGUUAAGAAUAGUGGUUUACAAUUAAAUUAGAAAAAAAAAUAAUGUCUGUUUAUUUAUAGCACAAAUUAUACGUAGACACAUUGCUGUGCUUGCUAAUGGUUCAUUUGUUGCUAUGUAAAGGCUACAGCUACCACACAGAUGCUAGCUUUUCUGCAGUUUUUAAUGAACAAUUAGCUUUUAAAAUUUGAGAUUGUGUUUAAAAAGUCAAAUAACAUUACAUUUUGAGACCAUUUCAAUGUGGUCAUGUCAUUGGCCCAUUAACAUUUCCUGCUUGUUAUCAAACUAUUUAAUUUCAACUGUAACAAGAGGCAAUUCAAUGAUAACUUAAUGUUAAAACAGCUAUCAUAACAUUGUUUAUCAAUAUGUGGCCCUUUUUGGAUUCUUGGAAGCUAAGAUACUAAAAAUGUAAAACAGGAAAUACGUUGGGACCAUUGUUUUUGUUUACAUCCCUCAAAAGGAAUACUCUGAGGGAACCUGUAAGUUAGCAUCAUGUUUAGCCUACAAAUUGACGUCAUGACUGAACAGCUCUAUUAAAAUAACGUGACAAAGACCUUUAAUGUCAGAAGAAUAUCAAUCUAUGCUAUGCAGGAAUUCUGUUUGUUAGCAUACCUUUACUGGUUUGAGCAAUAAACCCUGAACGAACA